GGCGACGAUGCCGCUGCCGCCCGCUUGUCCGACUUCAAGGUCUUUGACGAGGCGUCGCGCGGCCUCUGGGGCAGCCUAUGCCUCAUCUAGCGCAUGAAAGGGUGCCACCUCGGCUGCGUCGGCGCCGCCAUCAUCGUGCUCGUCCACGGCUUCGAGACGUUCAGCCAGCAGAUGGUCACCUUUGAGCAGCGCCCGGCACCCGUGGCGGGCAAUGGCUCUUUUACCAGCGUCGGCGGCGCGGGACAGGUGUCGGUGGCAGUGGCGCCGCCGCCGCCGCGAGCAGAGGUCUGGGACACGGUCCUCCAGAGGGGCUAUGCUGGAGGUAUACAUGCCCAUCCAAGAAACCAAAUCAGUGGAGGACGAUGAACCGUAGCUAACAUGACAACAGAUCUCGUCCCGGC